GAAGAAAAAUGAUAAGGUCUUUGAUUUUUGUUUCCCUGUUCAUACACUCAACUUUAGCACAGAAGCCAUCUCAGUCGUCUCCGACGAAAUGGCAAACUUUAAACGGUGAGCAGCCACUUGUUAUAGCCCGAGGCGGGUUUUCAGGGCUGUUCCCAGAAUCGAGCAGUUUCGCAAAUCAAAUCGCGGUCUCUACAAGUUUGUCCGACAUGGCUGUUUCUUGCAACCUGCAACUCACAAAAGAUGGCAUUGGAUUAUGCCUUCCCGAUAUACGAAUUGACAAUUCAACUACUAUUUCAUCAAUCUAUCCAAAAGGACAAAGUACCUACAAGGUUAAUGGUCAAAGUGUUCGUGGGUGGUUCACAGUGGAUUAUACAUCUGAUCAACUUUUGAGCAAUGUUACAUUGAUGCAGAAUGUAUACUCUCGAUCGAAUUUGUUCGAUGGUCAAUUACCAAUCUCUACUGUUGAAGAUGUCACAGGAAUUAAGCCACCAAAGUUUUGGUUGCAUGUCCAGUACGAAAGAUUCUACAUCGAGCGUAAACUUAGCCCGGCAGCAUACAUCGACACAGCAUCAAAACAUAUGAGUAUAAACUACAUUUCAUCUCCUGAGAUAGGUUUCUUGAAACUCAUGAAUAGUAAAGUAAAUAAAAAGAAAACAAAGCUGGUAUUUCAGUUCCUGGGCCUUGAAGAUGUUGAACCAACAAUCAAUCACAAGUACAAAUCAAUCCUGCAGAGUCUUGAUUCUUUGGUCAAGCCCUAUGUAUCUGGAAUUCUUGUCCCAAAAGAAUACAUAUGGCCUACAAACAAUGAUGGAUAUUUGGACGAACCAACUACUCUUGUGGACGAUGCCCACAAACUAGGAUUAGAAGUUUAUGCUUAUGGUUUCGCAAACGAUGUUCCCAUGAGUUAUGACUAUAAUUAUGAUCCAACAGCUGAGUACACCCAGUUUGUAGAUAACUCUAAGUUCUCUGUUGAUGGGGUGCUUACAGAUUUCCCUCCUACAGCAUCAGAAGCCAUAGCCUGUUUUGCACACAAGAAGAAUGAAAGCAAACCUAAAAAUGGAGCCUCUUUGAUCAUUAGUAACAAUGGAGCCAGUGGGAUAUAUCCUGGCAGCAGUGACCUUGCUUAUCAGAGAGCAGUAGAAGACGGGGCUGACAUAAUAGAUUGCUCGGUCCAAUUGUCACAAGACGGAGUAGCAUUCUGCUUACCAAGUGCAGAUCUAGCCGGAGAUACUACUGCCAUGUUGCCUUUCAUUGAUAGAAAAACUGUCAUCCCUGAAAUUCAACCGGAAGAAGGAGUGUUUUCAUUCGAUCUUACAUGGAAUGAGAUUCAAACAUUGCAAUCUCAACUGGUGAGUCCUUUUGGUAACAGCAGCAUUAUAAGAAACCCUGCUAACAAGAACAAGGGAAGCUUCGUGUCCCUCUCCGAAUUUCUAGAAUUUGCAAAGGCAAAGGCAGUUUCUGGGAUCCUGAUCAAUAUUGAGAAUGCUGCCUAUAUAGCAUCAAAUAAAAACCUUGACAUUGUAGCUAAAGUAGCUACAGCAUUAACCAAUGCCACUUUUGACAAGCAAUCAACUCAGCAAGUUCUGAUCCAAUCAGAUGACACUUCUGUUCUAUCCAAAUUCAAAGGAAUCCCAGCUUACAAAAGGGUGUUGAAAAUCAAGGAGAAGAUAGGGGAUGCACCUAAAGCUUCUGUAGACGAAAUAAAGAAGUAUGCAGAGGCAGUGACCAUUCCCAGAAGUUCCAUAGUCAAAGUCAAUGAUUUCUUUACAGUGGGGUUCACAAAUGUUGUUAAGGAAAUGAAGGCAGCAAAUCUCUCCGUCUAUGUCUAUCAGUUCAGGAACGAGUACGUCUCUCUGGCUUUCGAUUACUUCAGUGACCCAAUAGUGGAGAUUGCCACUUAUGUUCAAUCUGUUCAAGCUGAUGGACUCAUCACUGAUUUUCCAGGAACUGCAAGUAAAUACAUGAGGUGCCCAUGUACAGAUACUGAUCCAAAAGCCAACAUACCAUAUGCCAUAUUGCCAGCAGAAGCAGGCUCUCUCCUGAGCUUAAUCCCACCUGAGAUUCAACCACCAGCACAAGCUCCAGCUCAACCUCUGGAAGUCAAAGAUGUUGUUGACCCGCCUCUUCCUCCUCUGGGUAAAGUCAACGAACCAAAAGAUGUGGAAAAUCUACCUCAGAGAGGUGGGUCCAGAAGUGGUUUGGCAAGUGCUGCAAAUGUUGGCCUUUCUCUAGUGGCAGCAAUACUACCCAGUUUGCUGCUCACAUUCUGUUCUUAAAAGAUUAAACAAGAACAAUUGGCUCAGUCAGUGUGGCUUCUUCUACUUCUUUUCUCAUUUCUUUUUCUUCAUUUGUUCUGUUACUUAUAAAUUUGUGCCAUUAGUAAACACUUUGAUUUAGCUUUUAUACUAUGACAGUCUUAUUUAACCAGUAAAUUUUAUUAUAAACUUUUGGUUCUUU